AUGGCAAAAGGUCAUCGCCAGCUGGCCCAACCAAGCCUUGGUGUACCAAUUGGAAUAUGUUAUGGCCGUGUGGCUAACAACCUUCCAUCACCUACCGACGCCGUGAACCUCAUAAACACGAAUGGAAUCACAAGCAUUCGACUAUUUAACCCAGUUGCGGAGUCACUACAGCCAUUUUCCGGGACAGGAAUCCAACUCACUAUUGGUGUGCCCAAUGAAGAUCUCCCUUCCAUCGCGGCUGGUGACGUUACCACUGCUCUGGAGUGGCUUCAAACCAACAUCUUUGCACAUGUCUCCGCUGAUCAAAUCCGGUACUUGGUAGUUGGAAAUGAAGUAUUUUCAAAGGAUACAUUUUACACACCUCAUGUUAUUCCUGCCAUUCUCAACCUUCAUCAAGCUUUACAAUCUCUUAACUUAUCAGAAAAGAUCAAAAUAUCAUCGGCGCAAGCAGCUUCAAUUCUAUCAAAUUCUUAUCCUCCAUCGUCUUCAUCGUUCGAUCCAAACAUAUUACCCGAGUUAACCCAUUUUCUUCAGUUCCUACGCGACACUUCAUCGCCACUAAUGGUUAACGUGUACCCUUACUUUAGCUACAUAAACAACCCACAAUUCGUGUCGUUGGAUUCUGCAUUGUUUAGGCCAGCCGCAGGAAGUGUUUUAAACGAUCAAAAUUUGGUAUACGACAACUUGUUUGAUCAGACGAUUGAUGCAUUUAUAUACGCGAUGGAGAGAGAAGGGUACGGUGGAAUUGCGGUAGUUGUGACCGAGACAGGGUGGCCGACGGCGGAUGGUGAUGCAGCUAGUGGUGAGAAUGCAUUGGCUUACAAUGGUAAUGUUGUGAAAAGGAGUUUGGAAAAUGUUGGCACACCUAAAAGGCCUGGUGUUGGUGUUGAGGUUUUUUUGUUUGGUUUGUUUGAUGAGAAUGAGAAAAAAAGGAAUGAAUUUGAGAAACAUUUUGGGAUUUUCGGGGUUAAUGGUGUUAAGGCAUAUGAUCUUGUUUUUCAUUAA